AUGGUCCUCAACACAAAUCAUCAGAAAUUCUGGUCGUCUGCAUCAUCAAAGCCCUGCGCACAACUAAAAAUUCUUCAAAGAACUACAUUAGAAUUCCUGGAGGACGAGACCACCUAUGACUUAGAAGGUAAGUACUUAUCAAAUAUUCAGAUUUUUUCCUUUCCAUACGCUUAUCCUGUGCAAAAGUAUCGUACUCGUAUAAAUGCAAGUCUUGUUGCGUAUACAAAUCUUGUUCCCAAGGCAAAUCUGCAUGACAAAUUUUAUUUCUCAUGCUGGGGGAAUUUGCAAUGCAUUUAUACGAGUACGAUACUUUUGCAAUUCAUAACGCUAAGGACUCCUUUAUCUGGUACUCCUACGAGUUUUGCUCGCAGUAGCGUACUGAGCAGUCCUAUCAAAUGCAAAAAUGUCUGGGUCUGGAAGGUUGAAACUUGUGAUGCGCGUUUCAGAACACAGAAAAAUCUCUCAUGCAUAGGCGGCAAAAGUUGCCCACUUUCUGUCACCACAAUGGGGGAUUUGUCAUGCGGAUUCGGCAUGGCGAACGCUUCUCGGAACCUGUGGCGCUAGAGCUUCCAUGCCAGACCUUCUGUGUCAUGCAAAAACAGCAUGAGUCUUCCAGACCCAGACAUUUUUACAUUUGAUAAGUCCCUCGAGUCGGUCAGCAGGAAGGUUCUGCAGGCGUGGUACCCGCGAUCGGAAGAUGCCACACGAUCAUACUUACCCAGGGAUGAAAGUACCCACGGAUGGACGGGCGAAACACGAGCGGAAGUGAACAAGAGGCGCCGGUUACAACUCGUGAUCCAUAACCUCGCAGAUGGAAUGAACCUCUGGAGAAGCAGCUGCAGCUGCAUCCCUGCGGGAUUGCAAGAAACGCACGGGUAGGAGCUGCAGGGGUGCGAUCUUGCGGCCCAGAAGUCUAUCUUGGCGAUGUGGUGUGAGAAGAAGUUUGGCUCUGAGGUCAAGGUAGUUCUGCGUUUCUCAUUUCAGCACUGUCUGAAAAAGCUGGACGGUGAGAUGAAGUCUGAGUUGUGCCAAGCAACAAAAUGUAGAAUCAACGGCGCAGGCCGGUUUCGGUUUCUUUUUCAAAGAUAAAGAGGAUUUGUUUCUUUGUUGUGUGUACUACACACAGCAAAAAUGAAAAUGUACCAAAGAAGAUUUGUAUGCAAAGGAAAAGAUGACCAUGAUGAAAAAAAGAAGACCACGGCCGACACCUCGACCUGUAUUCUGUGCUACAACGUGGGGGCCCAGACACGAGCUACGAAAAUUGCCUAUGUCGUUUUCUUCUCUAUUACUUCCUCAGUUUAUGACUCAGUCUUAGUUCGGGGAAUUUUUUGUCUGAUGUAGAGGUUGAGGACCGCAAAUAACUCCGUCUUUGUGCGUCCCAUGAGAGGACAAAAUUACAC